UUUUGCAUCAUCUCCUAAUUACAGCCGAUCAAACUAAAGUCAACAUGUAUCACAAAGUUAAGAUCUACGGCAAAGUUUUCAAGGCAUUGGGGUUGAAGACGAAAGUUCUGAUAAUAGUAUUCUUUAGUUGCUUACUAAUUAUACUAGCAUUCUCAAACAACUUCAACAACCAACUUCUUGAUGCUACAACCAACGAUGCAAAGGAAUCUGAAACACAGAGGGAUACACUGAUCGGAGGGCUUUUAACCGCGGAUUUCGAUGAAGGUUCUUGCUUAAGUAGGUAUCAGAAAACUUCCUUGUACCGCAAGCCUUCCCCAUACAAGCCUUCUGAAUAUCUGGUCUCUAAGCUAAGAAGCUAUGAGAUGCUUCACAGACGUUGCGGUCCAGACACAAAAGCUUACAAAGAUGCAACAGAGAGUCUUAGUCGUGAUGAGAAUUAUGCAAGCAAAGAAAAUGGUGAAUGUAGAUACAUUGUUUGGGUAGCAGGUUACGGGCUUGGAAACAGAAUACUUACUCUUGCUUCUGUGUUCCUCUACGCUCUCUUGACAGAGAGAAUCAUUCUUGUUGACAACCGCAAGGAUGUUAGUGAUCUCUUAUGCGAGCCAUUCCCAGGUACUUCAUGGUUGCUUCCUCUUGACUUCAAAUUGAUGCAAUAUCCUUAUGUUUAUUGGUACAACAAGGAAUACCCUCGUUGUUACGGAACAAUGGUGAACAAUCAUUCCAUCAACUCGAGUUCGAUCCCGGCACAUUUAUAUCUGCAUAUCCUCCAUGAUUCAAGGGAUAGUGAUAAGAUGUUCUUCUGCCAAAAAGAUCAAGAUUUGAUCAACAAAGUCCCUUGGUUGAUUGUUCAAGCCAAUGUUUACUUUGUUCCAUCUUUAUGGUUUAAUCCAACUUUCCAAACCGAACUAGUUAAGCUGUUCCCACAGAAAGAAUCUGUCUUUCACCAUUUAGCUCGGUAUCUUUUUCACCCGACAAAUCAAGUUUGGGAUAUGGUCACUACGUACUACAAUGAUCAUUUAUCCAAAGCAGACGAGCGACUUGGGAUUCAAAUACGGGUUUUCGGAGACCCUGCUGGAUAUUUCAAACACGUCAUGGACCAGAUCGUAUCAUGUACGCAAAGAGAGAAACUGUUGCCUGAACUACAUACACAAGAAGAAUCAAAAGUCAAUAUAUCAAAAACUCCAAAACUUAAAGCUGUUCUUGUCACAUCUCUCUAUCCAGAGUACUCUGAAAACUUAAUGAAAAUGUAUUUGAAGCGACCAAGCUCGACAGGAGAGAUCGUUGAAGUUUAUCAGCCAAGUGGAGAAAGAGUUCAGCAAACAGACACGAAGAUCCACGACCAAAAGGCGCUUGCUGAGAUGUAUCUUUUGAGCUCAACCGAUAACAUUGUCACAAGCGCAAGGUCUACGUUUGGAUAUGUUUCUUAUAGUCUUGGAGGAUUAAAGCCAUGGUUACUUUACCAGCCAACAAAUUUCACAACUCCUAAUCCGCCGUGUCUUAGAUCGACAUCGAUGGAGCCAUGUUUCCUUACUCCUCCGUCUCAUGGAUGUGAAGCCGACUGGAGAACUAACUCGGGGAAGAUUCUUCCUUUUGUUAGGCAUUGUGAGGAUAUUAUGUAUGGAGGGCUUAAGCUACAUGAUGAUCUUUAGUUCUUGUUUAUCACACAUCUGAUUUUAUUGGAUUAAUGAGUUUUUAAAUCAAAGGAGAAAAGCUAUAUUUAUUUACUGUUACAAUUGUAUCCUCUGUAUUACUAUAUAUGUUAGUUGUCUAAAGCGCU